AUGGCUAGUCAAGACAGCAGUAGCAGCAAUCCCGACGUCGUUGGUGGUCUCCCCAAGUCUGGCAAAAUGGAUACCGUCGACAAGUUUGGUGAGCCUGACCGUCGCGCAUCGCGGGCGGAUAAUGCCAACGAUCUUCUCGAGAACCUGGGCUACACUCCCGAGCUGGCGCGAACCCGAUCCACCGCUCAGGUCGCCUUCAUGUCUUUCGUCCUCGCCGCCAUCCCCUAUGGUCUCGCCACAUCUCUUUACUACCCUCUUGUCGGUGGCGGUCCUGUCGACAUCAUCUGGGGAUGGGUUGGCGUCUCUAUGAUUAUCGUCUGUGUUGCUGUGUCCCUUGGUGAAAUUACCAGCAUCUAUCCCACUGCUGGAGGCGUGUACUACCAGGCUUUCAUGCUGUCGCCGCCUCGUUGGCGUCGCGUCGCUUCUUGGAUUUGUGGCUGGCUGUACGUCGUCGGUAAUAUCACCAUUACCCUUGCCGUCAACUUCGGCAGUGCCCUCUUCAUUGUGUCAUGCGUCAAUGUCUAUGAGUCGUCGCCUGGUGUCGGCAUCUUUGCCGGAAAGCCCUACCAGGUCUACCUCAUUUUCCUGGGUAUCACCCUACUGUGCAAUGCUGUUUCGUCUCUUGGUAACAAGUGGCUUCCCUGGCUCGAUACUGCUUCCAUCUACUGGACCUUUGCCGGUAUGCUUGCCAUCAUCGUUUGCAUUCUCGUCAUGGCCAAGGGCGGCCGUCACGAUGCCAAAUAUGUCUUCACCCAUUUCGAGGUCUCGUCUGGCUGGCCCGAUGGCUGGUCCUUCUGUGUUGGUCUCCUACACGCUGGAUAUGCUACCUCGUCCACGGGGAUGAUUAUCUCAAUGUGUGAGGAAGUCAUGGAGCCCUCGAUCCAGGUCCCUAAGGCCAUGGUCAUCACCGUCCUCAUAAACACCGUCGCCGGCCUGGUCAUGCUCAUCCCCCUCGUCUUCGUCCUUCCUGACAUUCAGAUGCUUGUCAGCCUCGCCUCGGCCCAGCCCGUACCCACCAUCAUUAGGGACGCCGUUGGCUCCCCCGGUGGUGCCAUUGGUCUUCUCAUGCCCCUCAUAGUCCUUGCCAUUAUAUGCGGUAUUGGCUGCACUACGGCUGCCUCCCGCUGCACCUGGGCUUUCGCCCGUGACGGUGCCAUCCCCGGCGCCAAGAGGUGGAUGGCUAUUGACAAGAGGCUCGAUAUCCCUCUCAACGCCAUGAUGCUCAGUAUGGCCGUCCAGCUUAUCCUCGGCCUCAUCUACUUUGGCUCCUCGGCCGCCUUCAACGCCUUCUCCGGUGUCGGUGUAAUCUGCCUGACAGCUGCGUACGCCACUCCCAUUGCCAUCAGCCUGGCUACCGGCCGUAAGCAGGUUAAGAAUGGACUCUACUACAAAGGAACUCUUGGCCUUGUGUGCAAUAUCAUUGCUCUCGCCUGGUCCGCCUUUGCUAUUCCUCUGUUCUGCUUCCCCUCCGUGAUCCCCGUCCAGGCAACCACCAUCAACUAUGCACCCGUCGUAUUCGUUGCUGCCUGCCUUGUUUCCGGUAUUUGGUACUGGGUCUGGGGUUUUGACAACUACGCUGGCCCCCCUACCAAUGAGGAUGAAUAG